AUGAAUGGUACUCAAAUGAUCGUAGCUGGCUCCGAUACCACAGCAACCAGCUUGAAGUGGAUCAUCUCUUUACUAUUAAAUAAUAAGCAUGCUUUGAAGCAUGCACAAGAAGAGAUAAACCUAAAAGUUGGCAGAGAGAGAUGGGUUGAAGACACUGAUAUCGAAAACCUGACUUAUCUCCAAGCCAUUGUCAAGGAAACCCUACGUCUAUAUCCUCCAGGUCCAUUCUCAGUCCCACAUGAAGCAAUGGAAGAUUGCCAAGUUUGUGGCCUUCACAUUCCAAAGGGCACACGUUUAUUUGUCAAUUUGUGGAAAUUGCACAGAGACCCAACUGUGUGGUCAGAGCCCGAAGUGUUUUCUCCAGAUAGGUUUGAUGCCUCUGGUCAGCAUUUUGAGUUCAUUCCAUUUGGGUCUGGAAGAAGAUCUUGUCCAGGUCUCACAUUUGCAAUGCAAGUUAUCCACUUGAAUCUUGGUAGAUUGAUUCAAGGAUUUGAAUUGGCUACUCCAUUGGACAUGUCUGUGGACAUGACUGAAGGACUAGGCGUUACUUUGCCAAAGGCAACUUCACUUGAAGUUGUGCUAACUCCACGCUUGCCCAUUGAAUUCUAUGAAAGAUAGGCAUUGGGUUGUGAUUA